UUGAGGAAGAUUAAUCGGAUUGAAAACAAAGUUUGCUCAGAGAAUGUCAAAAAUAUAAUCAAUAAAUUUAUGGCUCAGAAUUUUGAACAGAUUGUACUGAUGGAUGAAUUUAUCGAGUUGGAAAAAGAUGAAAUUUUUUUCUUGUUCAAAUCUCUGGAAACAAAAUAUUCUUCAGAGAAAAUUAAAUGGGAAGCUGCAUUGAAAUGGGCCAAACAAAGUCGUCGUCAUCAGAAAUUAUUUCCAGACUUGUUUGAGCUGAUUAAACUUCAGGAUUUUUCUGGGGAUUUUAUUCGGCAAACGGUCAGAAAUGAACCUUUAGUUGAAGAGUCACAUAAGUGUAAAGAUUUAUUGCUUGAUGUUCUCUGUGCCAGAGCUGAGGUUCAAAAAUAUGUUCCACAUAUUGCUGUCUCAUCAGAUACUGGUAUAAAGACUCUGAAUCUCCAAACAAAUCAAUGGUCUAGUUUGCAGUCAGAUUAUGAUGUUGGAAUUCAUCUUGUCAAUGUUGAGGGACGAUUGUAUGCUUCAGACGGGUGUGAAUUGUCUUUGCUACAAAAUGGUCGAUGGAUUAAGAAGUCCAAGAUUGAAAGGAAGAAAGAUGACUGGGAUAAGAUGAUUUAUCUUAAGGGUAGGAUUUAUAUUAUGAACUGUGAUCAGCAUACAGUGCAAUAUGACAUCGCCAAAGACAGAUGGGAUAAGAAUUUGCCUUUAUGUCGUCUUGGUCCAGGUUUUCAUGUUGCUGCCUCUGAUGGGUUUAUAUAUGCGAUGGGAGGUGGGUCAACAUGGAGAGAAGCAAAAGUAUACGAUCCUGGAACAAACAAAUGGUCUUCCCUGCCACAGAUGAUUUAUGGAACAGCAGGUGGAGCAGCAGUCGUUUUUCAAAGUAUGGUUUAUUUACUGGGGGGUAUUGAUGGGGAGCACUUUCACAACCUUGUUCAAUGCUAUAACCCUGUUGUACGCGCAUGGACAGAAAUUGUAAAAAUGAAGAUGAAUAGAAGUUAUUUCGGUGCAUGUGUUGUUGACAAUAAAAUGUAUGCAGUGGGUGGGGCUGAAGUUAAAGGCCUGACUAAGGAUUCUAUUGAAGCAUUCAGUGAGCAAACUGGUGAAUGGGAAAUAGUCUGUGAAAUGGAUCGACCUAAGUUGGAUUGGGUUCAAUGCUGUAGCUUUGCUCGAUAGAUGUUCAAUGAAUGAUAAAAGUUGAUGAUGAGGAAAUAUUCCUGCUUCAUGUAAAUACUGACUGUAUAAACUAUUGGGUCAUUGCCUGGUGUUGAUUUAUCUUCAAUGAUAGAUGUUCGAAUAUUCUAGCUGUGUCAAUCACAAUAAUUUCUCAUUUCAUUCAUUUUAUAGUUCAUGUUUUCAAUUCAUUAAAUCCAUAUGCCAGACGAGAGUUGGCAUAUGGCCGUAGUUUGCUCAAUGAUUAAGCCGUCUCAUUGGCUUUCUUCUCCCCUAAGAUAAAAAUGUAAUCCCUAUUUCAUAGGUGAGCCGUAGAAUCUGGCACUAACUCUUAUUAACUUUUCUUUUCGGUCAUUGGUGGUGAUUGAACUUCAAUAAACCUUCCCAGAUAGAUGUAUGAAUAUUUUAGCUGUAUCAAGCACGAUAAUUUUUCAUUUCAUCGAUUCUAUAGUUUAUUUUUUUAAUUCGUUAAAUCUACAUGCCAGACGAGAGACUAUGAUUUGCCAUAUGCUAAAGCCGUCUUAUUACCUUUUCUCUCCCCCGGGAUAAAAAAUUAAACUCUAAAUAUUACCAACAAGCAAUCUAUCUAAAGGUGAACAGUAGCAGUAACAUUUGUCACCCUGUCUAACACAAUUUGGUAGAAGUGUUGGGCAUGAGUUUAAUUACAUCGGUUUCGAACCUCAUUGCCAUGGUAUUGUAGAGUGAAGAGUGAAGCCCAUAAGCUUACGAGCAGCCAUAUUAUUUUUUCUUUAACUUUCUCUUUAUUUGCAAUAUUUGAUUAUAUACAGUAAAAGUUAAUAUUACUUAAUUGAGAGAAUUUGAAAAUCUUUUUAUGAAAUUUAAUGACGGCUGUGACAAAUUUGUGUCUAAAUAAACUAUUUUUGUAUUUUGAUCUAAAAAUAUAAAACUCUGUUCUUGUGAAAAUGAUUUAUGAGGCUAAAUUUACUUGGUAUAAG